UCUCAAUACUCCUUAUUCACGGAUUUCGUGCAUGUCAAUUUAAAACGAGGCUCGGGAUACUAAACAUAGAAAAACGGCGUGUUCAGAGACAGCGACAGCCCCUUAUCACUGUUGUGUUCCUUGUUGUACAAAUGACUCUCGGUACGACAAGGAACGGCGUUUAUCCUUCCACAAGUUCCCAGUGGACUCAAGAAGGCGAAAACAAUGGAUCUUCAAAAUAAGAAGGGAUUUGGGACCAAAGUUUAGGAUAUCUGAUGCCACAAGAGUGUGCUCUGAGCAUUUUCAUCCCUCAGAAAUCAGAAAGACACUGACAGGGAAAAGGAUGCUGUCAACUACUGCGGUGCCAUCAUUAUUUGAUUGGACAAAAAGUACACCUACUAGACGUCCACCUCGAAAAUCUCUUAUGCGUGCCACUUGCUCUGAAGAACCAAUGGAUAUCAACGAUUCUGGUGUCAGUCCUUCAAUUCUUCAAGGUGAAUCACAGCCUCUGGUACCUAUGAUAUCUAAAGACCAUGACUAUACUGUGGAACCAUCUUCACCCAACAGUAAAUUGGAAGCUGCCCAGAAAGAAAUUGAUGUUUUACAAUGUCAAGUAGAAGGACUGAAGGCUGAAAAAUUCGGUGUGCAAAGAUUUUCUUUAGAUGCAAAAUUGAUAAACUUUUACACAGGGUUUACAAACUAUAAAACAUUUGUCAGUAUUUUCACUGCAUUGCAACCUACUGCAACAACUAUGGUACGUUGGACACAGAUGCAAAGACAUUCUUCCAACAUAGACAAAAUUAAAACAACUCCGUUCAAAGAUGAUUGCAUGUCACUAAGCUUAAUAGAUCAGUUUUUUAUGUUUAUGUGUAGAGUUCGACAAGGAUUUCCCGAACAAGAUCUUGCUGUUAGGUUCAAUAUUUCCCAAGCAUCUGUCAGUAGAAUACUUAUUACAUGGGCCAAUUAUUUGUAUGCAAUGUUUGGAAGUUUAUGUAUUUGGCCCUCCCGCAGAAUUGUAGAUCAAAAUAUGCCUGCCUGCUUUAAAUGUACAUACCCAAAUACAAGAGUGAUCUUAGAUUGUACGGAAAGUAAAGUACAAACACCAAGCUCAAAGGUCUUAAAUUCAGAAACAUAUUCGAAUUAUAAGAGUCAUACAACGUUUAAAAGUCUUAUAGGUAUUACACCAUUCGGUAGUGUUUCAUUUGUAAGUUCUCUGUACACAGGUUGUAUAUCUGAUAAGGAUAUCACUGCAAGGUCAGGGAUCAUUGAUCUGAUUGAAGAAAAUGAUCAGGUCAUGGUGGACAAAGGGUUUCUUAUUCAAGACUUGUUAGACACCAAACAUGCAACUGUAGUAAUUCCUCCAUUUCUCGGUCAUAAAGGGAAGUUUUCGCAAGAGGAGGUGGGCAAAACUCAUGAAAUUGCCCGAUUACGGAUACAUGUAGAAAGAGCAAUUCGUAGAAUUAAAGAAUACCAUAUAUUUGAUGGAGUUAUUCCAUUGAACUUGGCUUCUUCAAUAAAUCAAAUUUGGACUGUUUGUACAAUUUUAACAAAUUUUCGAGUUCCAUUGUUUUAAAACUACAAAUUCGCAAUUGCAUAAAUUUUUUCAGUGCAAGAAUUUUUAGUAUUUACAACAAAACAUGUUUUACUUUCAGAAUUAUUUUGUAUUAAUUUGUUGGUAUCAAAUUGUGCAAAGUUACAUUCUAUUAAAACAAAUCAGUUAUUCUUGGAAUACUUUUUCCAUUUUUAGACACAAGAAGGGAGUUGUAGAGAAAUAUACUACAUAUGUAUUCCUGUGACAAUCAUAUGCCAAUAAAAUGUGUCAUACAUUUAAGCUAUUAAUGUAACAUUCAUGUACAACUAAUACAGUACUGUACAUCUAAAACAGCAUUGUGUAAUAAAAGUUCUAAAACUC